AUGUCAAAGGAGGCUAAACUUAAAGAAGAGGUCACUGAAAGAUUAGAUACAGUAGAGGUAAAGCCACCACCAAGUACAACUUCACAUCAUAUAAUUGAACCCUUUGCAUAUCUAACAUCUACAACAACUGAAGCAAAAUAUAAAAAUGUACUUCUUAUCUUGAAUCAAUCUUUUUCAAUUGAUUUGUUUAGUAUAUGGAGACAUUGCGAAUUGGUAGUAUGUGCCGAUGGAGGAGCUAAUAGAUUAUAUAAUUUUUUUAAAGACGAAACAUUGAGGUCGAAAUACAUACCCAACUAUAUAGUUGGAGACUUUGAUUCCUUGACCGAUAAUGUCAAAGAAUACUACAAAGCAAAAGGAGCUAAAAUAAUACCGCAAAAAACUCAGUAUAGCACAGACUUUCAAAAAGCAAUAAAAUGUAUACAGUUGCAUUAUUUGUUGGAGAAAGACAACCAAGAUUGGCCAGAAAUAAAUGAUGAUAGUGGUUUAGAUGAAACUUGGGAAAAAGUGUUUCAUGCUAAAAGCGACAUAGACAUUAGAGUAUAUGCUUUAUCAGCAAUAGGUGGCAGAUUUGAUCAAACGAUCCAAUCAAUUAACCAAUUAUAUAUCUUACACCAACAAGAACCAAAUUUACAAUUAUUUUUCAUAACAGAAUUUGAUAUAUUAUUUUUAUUAUAUAAAGGUACUAAUUAUGUUAAAUAUCCUUCAAGAUCAAUAUUUUAUCGACCCAAAGAUUCAAUACCUACUUGUGGAUUACUUCCCUUAAGUGAUAGAUCGGUGGUGUUGAGUAGUGAUGGUUUGAAAUAUGAUGUUAAAAAUUGGACUAGUAAAAUGACUGGUAAUGUCAGUUCUUCAAAUAGAGUUAGUGGUGAAGAUGGAUUUAUAGUGACAUGUUCGGAUGAUAUUUUGAUCAAUAUUGAAAUAGAUUUAUAG